UUCCCGGAGUGGCAGUCAUCUCAAGAACAAAUUUCCUUGUUUACUGUGUUGUAUCUGUAAUGUACACAGACUAAGGCUUUGCGUUAAAUGUAGCAGGGUGGGCUUGGAUAAAUGUGCUGGUUAUGCCUCUGAGAUGGUUUACCAGAGGUGGUCUGUGCUGGACUCCAUUGAUGGUCUGAUGUGAAGGGAUCACCUGGCUGCCAGCCCUGCUUUACAAAAUGGGGAAUGAAAAUGGCACUCCAGAGUUGCCGGAGGGCGCCCCGGACAAUGUUGUGCUGUUCCCUCCAGAAGAAACACAGUCUGACACAAUAGUGUAUGAGGCUGCAGUACACACUGACAAGGUGAGCUCAGUGAACGAGAAAUCUACCGGUGAAGAGAACGGAUUGGUCCAUACAGAUUCAGCCACAGCGGAACUACAGGUGUCUGCUAACAAAGAAGAUAAGGAGGGAAGAAAAGAAGAGGAGGACAAAGAGGAGUUAGAAUUUCCUCAUUUUCUGCUGCCCAGCAUAGACCUCAGCACUGAGCUCAAUCUGACCUGGGGAACCUCACUUGGCAGUGAGAUGAAGAAUGAGGCUGUGGCACAGGGUGGCACUGACAACCCUCUGCUGGCAGGCUUACAGUACUACAUGGAGGCCAGUCCACCAGUAGUGGGCCUCACAAGGAGCUAUGAUGGUGACCCCGUUUCUAAUGGAAGCUCAAGUGAACCCCAGGCCCAGUUUUCUAGCACCCAGCAAAAUGUUCCAUCCCUCAUGCCUUUGACUGAAUUGAUGAAUUAUGAGCUGCAGGAAGAUUUGAAGGAAUGUGAGGACAAAAUUGCUGUACUUGGUAUGUCCUCCCAUGCAGACACAUGGAGUGAAGAUGAUCUGGAAAAAUGUAUCUCAGUUACCCUUCCUGAAACUGAUGAGGAAAGUGAACAAAACAAGAAGUUUGAAACCGGUUCACCGUUACAUAAACUUGAAGAUUCUCAUGGAGGUUGCCAUGGAAAUGAUGAAUCGCUCACAAAUGACUCAUCAGCAAGUGAAGAGGAGGUGUUCAGCUUCAGAGAUUAUAUACUGGGAAAAAAGCAAAGCAAUACAAUUGCAGUCAGAGCUGAGGAUAUUAAUAAUGAUGUUAAAGAAAGCCACAGUGAGGAAGCUAGCCAACUUUCAGAGGAGAAACAGCAAAAAAUGUCAGAGUUAGAGGCAAAAAUAGACAAAGUUGAUAAUAUACCAGACCAACCAACGGUACAUAGUACAGGUAUAGAAACAACAACUGAGACUGAUGCAGCAACAGACACAUUUACCCAUGGCCAGUCAAUACCAGAUAAAUGUGCUGUGAUAUACACCCUAGAGAGCACACAAGAAUUCAAAGACACAGACAGAAUUUAUGUUUCCGCAGAUACAUCCUUGAAAGAAACUAGAGUAAUUCAAGAGGCAAAUCCUGUGAACGAAGAACAAAUUAGUUCUGCAAAAGAUACACAGAUUAUUCAGAACACAAAUGUAUUCAAGAAAAUAGAGACAUAUGGUCAGUUAAUUAGUGAUUCACUACCAUCAACACAUACUGAUAAACAUGCUGAUGAAACGUUCUUGCACUUAGAACCAAAAAUAAGACCAUACAUACAGACACAAGUGGAGUCAGGGACACAGAGGCAGAUUAGUGGACAGAUAGAAACAAACACAAAAGUUGGAUCAUGCCCUGAACAUCAAAGACAGGAUUUAGGACUCCCAGAACAGCUGAUUCAUCAGUGUAAACACCCCAUCUGCUCCCCAAUUCCAGAACCUGAGAAUAACCAAGCUAAUCUUUCCCUGUCUGGGGGUCCACCCGCCCUAAUACAGCACUCUCCACAGGGGUUUGAGCAACACAAUGACCAGUAUAGGACAGAUGGAUCCUACAAAUCAAUAUCAGAGAUUGAAAUCAUACACCACAACCACUAUUCGAUAGUGGAAGACAAACAUGAAAAAAAUGUGUCCAGUGCAUCUGCUGUUGUGAUUGAUUUUGGCCAAGCUAAAACUGCUCAUGGACAUGAGCCCGUAUGUCCACUGGAGCAAGGGAAUAGACUUCCUUCAGGCAGUGAAGCUGACACACACACACCAGUGUGGGAGAAUUCACAUCAGAAGGUGGAGGAAGAGAGUGCCCUUGAACAAGAUUCAGCAGAGUCCACUUCAACCACCUUUUCACAAACAACACCCACAAAGCCAGAAACGAUAGAAUGCGAUGGAGAGAAGAGGAGAGGAAAUGCAUACCAAAGUGCUGUAUUAACAGCACAAGCAGCAGAGAGAGAGUCGUCAGUGAUAGUUAUGGACCUGCAAGAAACAGAUGAAUUUCCCUGCAUUGGAGGGGCAGAGAGUGAAAUUAAUGCAGCACAGAGACAAAAAAGCACCUUGAUAAUUUUCCCAGAGAUAAUAAACUCACCUGUUCAGAGAGUGGAUGAGAAAGAGGAAACGACUGCAGAGAGCCAUAGCAACAAAAUGCCACAUAACACGACGGAGAGUAAAGGGAAGGGAGGGGGUCUCCCUGUCAUGCUCUCACUUGCCGGAAACAACGAUACAUGCUCAGUCAGCACGGAGGACAACACUCUGAUCACCACUUCAUAUCUGGGUGUCCUGGGAACUUGUGAUUGGAAAGUGGACAGUUUCCGAUCAUUAGAGGGACGAAAAGGACACCGUGAGGAGGAUUGGAAAGAAAAAGGUGGAGGAGGAGCACAGAAGGCAGCCGAUGCUGGCAGGGUGUCACUGACAGAGACUGAGACGUGUCCAUCCCACUGCAUCACAGCAUCACCAGCGGCAAGACAAGACGACAAUGACCUCAUCCUUCCUGUCAUAGCAGACACAGCUGACACAGCCCUGUUUCCUCUGGCCGUCAACAGAAUAAGCGACUGCAAAUCCAUCAGUCCACCCCCUCCUCAUUCCCACUUAAACUCUAUGGAAACAGCAGCAGCACAUAGAGACAAUCAGAUCCAAAACGCAUCAGGAGAGGACUUGCCAGGCAGUGAUAGAUCACCUCCACCAGUCGCCUCUUCGGAAAGUGAAAAUCUUGCAACGCAAUCCAGAAAUCAACAAGUAGUAAGCUAUUCGAAAUUUGGAAUCACAAACAGUGACACAUCCAUCAAAAUAGAGCCACAACGGCAAAAACAACAAACAAAUCCUACAAGUGAAGACCUAUGUCAGUCAUUUGAGCCAGAGCUGAACAUGAGGGAUAUCGCUGAAAGUUGUAUCAAAGUUAAAAGGCUUACAUCAACAAAAGACAUGGGAAGCUCAACGUUAAAAUGCAUGAUGACUGAUUGUGCCUCUCUUCCCCCACUGAUGGUGUUUGAGAGUCUACAUCACCCAGUAAAAGAGACCAGCUUCAACUUUGAGGGAUUUUUAAGCAUCUGCAAAACAGCACCUCCUGCUCAGACAGACCCAACCACAGGACAGAGAGCCAGUGACCUGCAAGGAAUGGAGGGGUGGAAAUCCGACACCAAAAAUGAAUCUUUCGCCUUUGAGGAAGAAGGAAACAAGGUAAAAAUGGGGAAGGAAGAAGAGAAAAAGGAACCAGCAGAAAAGGAAUUUAAAGAGCAGAAGGACAGCAGAGAACAUAUAAAUACUCAAGGGCAAGAUGAGAAUACUGUGAAAAAUGUGUAUGUAAAUAUGGCUGGUUUGGAAGAAAGUGGAAAAGUGACAGAUGAAACUGCUGACAUGAACACAAGCAAUCCAGUUACAUUUAAAUCGCAGUCAGCUGCAGGUGAGAGCGCCAGCAUUACUACAAAAAUUGUGGGUAAUGAAGAAAUUACCAAGUUGAGACAAGAAAAUAAAGAAUCUUUGAAUGUUUCUCAGAUCCGUAUAAUUGAAACAAAUGAGUAUGCAUCCACUGGGGAGAAUAGUAUUAUACUUCAAAAUGUUUCUCUACAAGAGGAUGAAAGUUCCUCUGUGGUUUAUGAGGGGUAUGAUAUCACUAUGUAUAAAGGGGAUGAACAGAGAUAUACAGAAGUGUCACUUACAACAAUAGAAAAACUGGAUGCAGAGACUGAUAAGUCAAUGGAAUGUGUGUUGGCUGAAAUAGGUGAUAUAGAAAACAUGUGUUCAGGUAAUUCAGAAAAUCAAGAGAAUGAGUCAAAGCCAGAAAAAUAUGGAUGUGAUGAUGAGUCACAGUUAAAAACCAUCUCCAUCUCUCUAGAAGAGGCUUCAAACACAAACAGCAUGUGCACAAUUAGCACUAUGUGUUUAUCUCAACCAGACCAAAAAUCAAACAAUGAGCAGCCUAAUUCAACCUCAGAUAUGCAAGUUCUGUCAAAAGCAGAUAAGUCCUCAAGUGAGCCACCCUGUCCGACUGUUUCACAACUCAGUGAUGGAGUGAUGAAAAGUGAUGCAGUUGAUGCUGGGGGCAUAACGGUCACCUGUCUUCUUGCUACAGAGACUUCAGUUCCAGCACUAAGCGAUACUUCCUUCACCAGUGCACAAAGCACAAACAGUAAUGCCAAGGAUGUGUCUGUCAUUGUACUAAAGGAUCCAGGCCCAAUGCUGAGUCACUGUGAGUCCAUUAAUGACUGUGAUAUUGCUGUAGCAGCAACUGUGGAGCAAUGCAGUAUUAAGAGUUUUUGUGAUUCUGAAACAGAGAUUGUAAAGACUAUUGCAGAGGAAAAAAUGUAUCCGCAGAAAGAUGCAAAUGAUUCAACCCACUCUGUUGGUGUCUCUGCACAUGAAACUGCAUCUGAAUCCUUUCCAGAGGGUCUGUUUACAUCUGGCAGAUCAGAACAGGCAGGUGGUUCUCUCAUAGAAUCAGAGAAUCCAGAUGAAAAUGCAAAUGGAAAAGAAAGUGAGACAUCUAAGGAUGCUAGAGAAUUGGCCAUUGUUAUAAAAGGGAAGAGAGGGGGGCAUUUAAAUUCUGAAAAUGAAAAAGAUUUAAGCAGUGCACCUACAAAGGUUGUAGCAGAGGUCAACACCUCAGGACAAGUCCAAGAGCAAGAAGACCAGUCUCUAUUGCUCUCUGCUCAUCUCUAUGGUGAUAAAAAUCCCUCUGCUUUUAAAUCCAAAAAGACUGAGCCUAAACUGCAUGCGACACUACCAUCAAAUUAUCUUUCUGGGCAUGUAUGUUCAACACCAUUAAACAGAGUUUUACAGUCUGUUAAAAACAUACACAUUUCUUCAGUAAAGCCAGGCUCCUUUGAAACAACCUGUGCUGAGGAGUCACUUGAUUGUUACUCCACUUUGACACCACAACAAAGUCACAAUGACGUUAUCAACUGUGACUCGCUCUUGAUGCACUUGGAGGACAAUUUCAUCACACAGUGUAGGACCCUUCAGACUGAGGAGCCAGUUCAUAAUGUGCCUGUAGACAACGAGGAAAGGAAUCAAGACACGUAUGACAAUUUUGAGCAGAUAAAGAGAGGAGAGCAUGGUGCGGAGUUUGCGAAGGAGACUGAGGAACAAAAAGCUAAAUCCAGUGCUGAAAAUGAACCUGAUGAUUUAGAGGAUGAAUUGAAUAAGCAAACAAAUGGUAAGAUGAAAGAAAGGAAGGAACAAGUUGAAAAUACAUGCAAAGAACAGAAAGACUGCAGAAAAGGAGUAAAUAUCUCUCAAGAGCACGACGAGACUGCUGCGAAAAAAAACACUGAUAAAACGGAAGGACAGAAUCAGAAGUCAAUUAAUUUAGAUUUCUGCAAGCUAUCAGGAGAAAAAAAUGACAUUGGAGAGAAAAAAGAAUUCAAUGAAAAAAAUGUAGAGCCAACACCUGUGUCUGAUCCUAGUUUAACCUCCAAAGGAUUAAAUGAAGAGGCUCUGGGUUGUAAAGCGGCACCUAAUAAAAUGACCAUGGAUCGGAACCUGUCUGCGGCUGUGAAAACUUUAUCUGAGAAAGAUCACACACAAGAUCAAAGGGACUUGAGUAAAACUCAUCUGGUGUUUUCACAGCCCCAUGAGCUUCAGUGCCAACAGGAGUUUAUGAGUGCCCCAGAAGUAGUAUUAAGUGUGGAUGUAUCUAAGGAUAAAAGCAAUGGUUUAGCAAAUGCUGAGGCCAAAAAUUAUGCAUAUGCUGAGGCAAGUAAAAAGCAAGAGUCAAGGACUGUGUGCUGUAGUGCAAAACCUAAAAAUUCCUUAAACAACACAUCAGACAGUCCCACACUGCAGGGAGGUAAGAACAGAGGUGUUAUUGUCGACAAUAUAUGUCCACAGAAUGAAGAGCAGAGUGUUCAAACAAGAGAUCUAAAUUCUACGAAGAGCCCAUUUCCUGUUUGCGGUGAAAGUACUUCAAGAGAAAACUCAAACCAAAUAGAGCAGGUGGAAAAACAGGAGAAUGUGAUGUCAGUCAAUGCAUUGGCUGCUACUGAAAAUUCAGCGGUCAACCUGGUUAUAGAAGCUUCAGAAACAAAAGAGCCUGCAAUCUCAGAAUCACAGGAAUGUGAGAGUAAACGUUCUGUAUGUACCAAAUCACAGGUUAGUGCGUAUAAGCAUGGGAAUUUGUGGAACGAAAUCCCUGGCACUGAGAAAUCCUCAGAACUUCCUGUAAAUCACUCAAGUGGGCUCUCUGUGUGUCUUAUCAUCUCACACCAUGAAUCUGGACGAAACUCAGAGGAGCAAUGUUUUGACUUUAUUACCAAUGGAGACAUCAGAAACACUGAGAUCAGACCAGAUUCAUUGAAUGAUGUUGCACAGAUGUCUAUUCCAAGAACUUCUCAGUUUGAGCAUGAAACAGAGUCUGCUUCUCAGCUCUCUGAUGGGCAGCCCUCCACCACCACCACAAACUCUUCUUUUCCCCCUGUGCUCCAGGAAAAUAUUCAAGUUGAACUAGAGAGAAGUGUGCAGCAGGCUUAUGAUGUAGAAAGUUUAGGUUUGUGUAGCCCAGUGGAGCACAUCACAUCUCUUAAUUCUGCUCCCCAGUCUGAGACAGCAGCCUUGUGGUUGGAGCAGCCUAAUACGCAUUUGUCAGAGCAAUUCCCAGAUGGUAUCCAAACCAUGGAUGAGCAGGAUACACAGUGUUCUGAACAGCUUCUCUUGCAGUUACAAUAUAUAAGCACUUGUUUUAGCACCAAAAACACAACUGGUCCUAUGAAACAAGACGUUGUAUCAAAUGAGAGAAAAAUGGUGGAGGGAAAUAAAGAAGAGAUGAACAAACAAGAGAAUAAGUCCAUUGAAAAUAGUCACAUAGAAAUUACUGAAGGUGUUGAUUCUAAGCCUUUGGAGUUUGUUGUUCAAGAGAGCAGAUCCAAAGAUAAAGAAAAUCAGAGCAAAUUGGCAGUUCUCUUGGAGGAGCACUCUUCAUCUCUCCCUGAUGGACCAUCAGUCAGUAACAUAGACCAACCAGCAGAAGAAGUUACUGAUGGGACACAGACAGAACUAAAACAGGCUGCUGCCAUCAAUCAACAGUUUAGUCAGCAGACCACUAGGUCUUUUAUCCAACCUCUAAUUGGAGCCACUAAAGAAAUAGUAAAAAUGAGCAGUGAGCAAAAUAGUGACACAGCAGAUAGUUCUAUUGAACAUUUAAGAUCUGUUCUAAUAGAAAAUGUAAUACAGAAAGAUGACAAUGAAGCCAAAGAGAAAGCUAGCAAGGUUUCAGAAAGUGAAGAUGAGUUGCUGGGUUCAGGCUCUGGAACAGCACUGGGAUUCCAAGUUAAGGACAGAUCAGACAUCCAAGGCCCAAGUGUAAUCUCUGUACCUGAGAAGUCAGAUGUCAACUCUAGUUCUGAUUGGCUUGGAGCUCUUAAAGCGACAGCCUCCAUGUCUCAGGUCAUUCCAGAGCAAAGAAAUGAUAUACCCUGUGGAUCUGCAGAAAACAGACCUUUUGGGACACUCAUUUCUCCUAAAGCUGAACUAGAAUUCCAAACCCCCACUGAUGAGAUUUUUCCCCCUGUGACUGAGGAGAGUAUUCCACCUGCGACUGAGCAGCCAGAAGAGCCACCAGGCUGCAGGUCCCCCCAGACAGAAGCUGCUGAGAGGAGUGUGUCUGUACCCUCUUCCCCAUCACCCCGACCACAGCAAGCUAUUGCUCCUGCCCUCCCUGCCCACCUGCUCCAGGAUACAGUUGAGUUCCCCACCCCGCCACCUACUCCUCCAGAGGGGGCUCCUUCUGAACCUCAAACCCUUCCUUCAGUUCCUUCUCCUUCUGAUUUUCCUGAGACUCCACCUGCUGCUCCUCUACCUCAUCCAAUUCAAGAGCACCAGUAUUGUGAACCUUCAGCCAGGAGCUCAGACUCAGACGGAGCGUUUGAAACCCCUGAGUCUACCACCCCUGUGAAGUCUGCUUCCCCAUCAGUGUCCACAUUAGAGCCUCCUAGCACCAGCUUAGAGCCGUCUUUAGGACAAACAGUAUUUACAGUCUCUUCCACUGUUGACCCCACUGCCAGUGAAGCUAAAGACCCAUUACAUGUUCAGCCUCCUAGUCGAUCUCAAUCUACUGUCUUUGAUGAGGACCAACCAAUUGCUGCCAGCGGCGCCUACAAAUUUGACUACUUAACUGCUACCGACCCCUUAACAGAAUCAAAUUUUGUGUCUGGGCCACCUAGCCGAGAGGGUCAUGCUCCUCUUACCCACUCACUAAGCCUACAGUCUGGUGACUUAGAGAGCACAGGAGACAAAUCCUCAGGAGGGACGCCUGACAAACCCUUUCACCCACGAACAGAGUCCUUCACCAUAGGAACCGAAAGUGCUCCAGGAACCCUCUGCAAAGCAAAGAAGCCCCGUCCAGAUUCUUUAAAGAAGGAGCCUCUUUCAAGGCAGAACUCAAAUUCUGAGCGUUCCUCACCCAAACCUGCUUCUUCAAGCAGCACAUCGGAAGAAAAAAAGAGGGGGAAACCCCAUGCUGAAAGUCCCUUUAGAACUCAAGAGGGGGUUGGUACCUCACCCAGCCCUAGUCCUAGCCCUGCUGGUACCUUAAAGAGGAACAGGUUAAAAUCUCGAGUGGAGAGUCCUCCAUAUUUGGCUGAGGAGAUCACACCUACUCUUGCCUCAAUAUCAGCUCAGCUCCAAGCAGAGGUUCCUGAUUCAGUACCUGAGACCCCAGUUGUCCCUGACGAGGAAUCUCCUAUCCCUCCCAGUGCCUCCUACAAAUGGAAUCCGGACAACUUUGAGAACAUUGAUCCAUUCCGUACAGGAGGCAGCAAAGUUGCUAACUCGCCAUUCUUGGACAAGAAAGCUGACUUUACAUCACUUUCAGACCCCCUUCAAAGCACUCAUGUUGCUGUAGAGGAGCCUUGUGCCCUUUCCCCUACAGAACAACCCCUCAGCCUCGAGGAACAGCCAAUUGUAAAGCGACAACCAGUCAGACUGGAGUUUGACUAUUCAGAGGACAGUGGAGAGGCGCCACGCAACACCCCUCCACCCAAAAAACUGGGCAAGAAGCCAGGAGCCAAGAUGCCCAUUAGAAAGCCAAAACUGGGGAUUAAGAAGGCCCCUCCACCUCAAACAGAGCAGCUAGACAAUGCACCUGUCAGAAAGCUUUCAAAUGACAAUGAUGAUAUCCCUAUCCCCAAGGCAUCAUAUAACUUUGACCCAAGCAAGUGGGAUGAUCCAAAUUUCAAUCCAUUUUCUUCUAAUAGCGGCAUCCCCAACUCUCCUCGCCUGUCUGGAGGAACCUAUAGCUUUGACCCAAAAUCUUUUGAUGACCCUGUUGAUCCCUUCAAACCAUCUAAAAAGAUGGGGAAUUCGCCUCCAAACGCUGCCUCUUUUGACCUGUCCACCAAUGAUAAUGACAAUGAUAACAUUGUUGAUUUGGAGGACCACAACCAGAACAAAACUGCCAAAAUUAAGAAGAAGCCUCUUAAAUCUAACACUUUUAGAGUGAAGAAGUCGCCAAAGAGGUCUCCGAUUACUGAGCAGUCUGCACAAUGUUGUCCUGUUUGUUCUCCACUCUUGCCCUCCACCUCACACACACAUCAUCACCUGCAGGAACACACACCCAAUGCCAAUCCUGACCCUUCACAGGAUCACGCCACAGACGAGGAGAAACUGGCCUCCUCCACCAAUCAGAAAUGGGCAACUCGACAUGACGUGGAGGUGGAGCUGAUCUCUGAUGUUCAAGACUUUCCCCAGCCAUCUGACUUCACAGCUUUUGUCAACGAGAACAGUUUACCCUCACAAAAUGAUGUUACAGAAUAUGAGAUUGAGUACAUGGAAAAGAUUGGCUCCUCUGCACCUCCUCUUUCAAUGAAGAAGCCCUCACUUUACCUAAAGCUGGACUCUGUGAACGACAGUCCAAAGACGACCUCUAACAUGUACGAUUCAGAGCCUAACUCCCCUUGCACUGGGAGCUUUGAGGAGAUGGAGGCUCAGAUCUCACAGGGAAAAUCAUCUGUUCUGCCAUCACGUGGCACUUGUGAGCCCUUGGCCUCAGAAAAAAGCAGAAAGAGGGAGAGUCGAGUGCAGAGCAAUGAGAGAGAUGGAGUGUCCCUCAUCCAGGGCCCCAUGGAUCCCUCUGAUCUGCCCCUCUUAGACAGGCUGUCUGAUUCAACUGCCCUUCUCAGCUACCUGGAGCCUGAUCUGGCAGAGACCAACCCCACUGCCUUCGCUCAAAAACUGCAGGAGGAGCUGGUGCUCGCAGCCCUGAGGAUAGAGGCUCUACAGGUAGCCAAAAACAUCUCUCAGAGCCCCUCUUUGUCCACUGUGUCCCCUCAGCAGCAGAAAGAAAUGGCCUCACCAGGAGACAGUGGAGUUUUGAAGAGCUCUCUCUAUUCUCAAACAGGAUACAGUGUAGGGGAAAGCCCUCAUCUGCCUCGUGACAUGGACCACUCGCUGGGCAUCGCCCGAGAAGAGAUUGUUGUCAAAGAGAAAGAAGCCCUGGAAUGGAAGAGACAGUACGAGGACAGCAGACGGGAAGUGGAGGAAAUGAGAAGGAUAGUUAUGGAAUUUGAAAAAACCAUUGCUGAAAUGAUUGAGGGUGAACAGAGGCAGAAGACUCUGUCAGAUCACACUAUCCAGCAGUUAAUUCUGGAGAAGGAUCAGGCUUUGGCUGACCUCAACUCUGUGGAGAAAUCUCUUGCUGAUUUGUUCCGUCGCUACGAGAAGAUGAAAGAUGUCUUGGAAGGCUUCCGCAAGAAUGAGGAAGUGUUGAAGAAAUGCGCUCAGGAGUACUUGUCUCGUGUCCGUAAGGAGGAGCAGCGCUACCAGGCACUGAAGAUCCACGCUGAGGAGAAACUGGAUAAGGCAAAUGCUGAUAUUGCUCAGGUGAGAGCCAAAGCCAAGCAGGAGCAGGCAGCGUAUCAAGCCAGCCUAAGGAAAGAACAGAUGAAGGUGGACUCACUGGAGUGCACGCUGGAACAGAAGAACAAAGAGAUUGAGGAACUGACCAAAAUAUGUGAUGAAUUGAUUGCCAAGAUGGGGAAGAGCUAGCCAUCCAGAGACAGGGUUCUAUCCAUACCACAAUGGGACAAACACAGAUAGCAUGGAACAAGGAAUUGGAGUAAAGAUUGAGGAGAAAGAUUGUGGGAUUUGGUGUCUUUCUGGUGGACAGUGAACAAACCAAAUGAGCUUUGUGUCUUCAGAAAAUAGGACUAUUCAGGAAUUGGAGAACACAAUAGAUUCCCUCUGUAAUGACUUUACUCUUUAUUUUGAUUUAUUAAUGUACUCCAGUUACCUAUGUUGAGGGACUUUUGAAAGCAGUCCCCAUCAUUAGAGAGUUUUUUGACAGUCUGAAUAGCUUACGUAGCGAGAGAGAGACAGUAUUUGUUUUACUGAGUGUGUGGUUAUGAGUGCCGUCGCCAUGGCAACCACUGAUGGAGCCGGCUGUUAAACUAAUUCCUCUGGUACACACUACUUAACUUGAAAACAGAAAUAGAGAGAAUAUAUAUAUAUAUAAAACAGAUCAAGUAAUCAUUCAGUUGUCACAAAGUGGAUUGUUUUAGGCCUUGAUGGUUUUGUAAAUAAUGAAAAUGACUUGAAUAUAGUAAAGGAACAAAGCUUUUAGCAGAUUUUGAUACUGUUAGAUUGAUCUGCUUCCUUGUGUAUCUUUGUAGAUACUUGUUUGUUUUUAUUGUCUCCUGGCAAGAGUGAUGUGCAUUUUUUAUUUUUGGAUUUUAUUUUGAUAUAUAAAUGAACCCACUUGUCACUGUCAGUGGUUCAGACUUGAGUUAAUUUAAUCUGAAUGGAUUUGUGUCAUUCCUGCUAUGGCUGAUGUUUCACACAGCUGCAAGAUCUGCCAUUUACACAGUACAUGCUUACAGAGUGCAAUAAAAGAU